UAGUUUCAUUAAGCUACAAGUACUUACCUUGUGAUUUGAAGGAUUGCUUUCGUUAUUUUGGUGUGUUUCCAGAAGACAAUGACAUACCUGUUAAGAAAUUAAUCAACUUAUGGGUUGCAGAGGGAUUUAUAAAGCCACAUGACAAUAUGAGUUUGGAAGAAGUGGGAGAGAGUUACUUGCAUGAUCUCAUUAAUAGAAGUCUUGUUCAAAGUAAUGAGCUAAGUAUUGACGGCAAAGUUAAAUCAUGUAGCAUUCAUGAUCAAGUGCACAAGGUUUGUGUGAGAGAAGCAAUAGAGUGGAAUGAUUUGUGCAUUAUCAAUGACAAUCAUGCUCCAAACGCUUGUUGUUGGUUAAGCUGUCAAACAAGUCAUUGGCCAAUCACUCGAGCGAGUUACGAGAAUUGCGGUCCUGAUGAAAUCCAUUCUGUUCUCUGCUUUGGUAAAGAUGUAAACCAUUCAAAAUGCAGGUUUGUAUACCCAUCUUUGAAAUUGCUAAGAGUAUUGGAUUUAUCAUUAGUUAAAUGGUCAAGAGGCAUGCCUAGAGAAAUAACAGACUUGGUUCAUUUGAGAUACUUGGCUUUAAGUACCAUUGGUUCUCUUUACCAGUUUCGAUUUUUCAAGCUUAAGAAUUUGGUAACUCUCAUAGUUACUUCAUGGAUGGAAAAAUGUCCUUUGCAACUGCCAUGUGAUAUUUUGGAUUUGCCACAAUUGAGGCAUUUGCAUGUUGACAAGAGAUGUUCACAAUAUCUCCGUAGCUUAGUAAAAAAAAAACUACAAACUCUUUAUUGGUUGAAGGUUGCUAACUCUGAUCAAAGCCCAAACUUCGAAAUGGUUCCAAACCUAAGGGAACUUGGGAUUUACAUUGAAGGCCAACUGGCGCCUAGAUAUCUAGGGAGCCUUGUGCAUUUACAUCUACUUGAGAAGUUGAAGUUUGAAGUAGGAAGAGUUGAGCGCUUUUAUCUACCAAUUGGUUUUCCGCCAAACCUAAAGAAGUUGACACUUCGUUAUACUUAUCUUCCAUGGAAAGAGAUGGACACAAUUGGCAAGUUGCCACACCUUGAGGUGCUUAAACUAAAAGAUUUCGCAUUCUAUGGCUCAAAGUGGGAACCAUCAAAGCAGGGCUUUUUGGAAUUAAAGGCACUUCUCAUUUCACGUUCAAAUCUCAAAUAUUGGAAUGCAAAUUCUAAUCAUUUCCCAGUUUUGGAGCGCUUGGUCUUAAGAUAUUGUUGGGAAUUGAAACAAGUUCCAAUUAAUUUUGCAAAUAUUGGAACACUGAAGUUAAUUGUGUUAGAAAGUUGUUAUUCUUCUCUUGUGAGUUCUGCAAUGCAGAUUUCCUCUGCAAAGAAGUUAUUGUUUGAGGGAACGACAAAUUGUCCACUUCGUGUUCGUGAAGUUAGAACUAAGGUUGAAUUGCCAAAUAAUGAAAGCUCUGAAGAAGAAAGUGUUGUGGAAAGCUUUGAAGAAGAAAGUGUGAAAAGCUUUAAAGAAGAAAGCGUGGGAAGCUCUAAAGAAUUAAGUUUUGGAAGGUCUAAAGAAUUAAGCGUUGGAAGCUCUAAUCAUGUAAGGUUGAAAGCUCGGAAGAGUGUGAGGAAAUAUCUUAAGAAGAAGUUUUCGAAAUCUCUGAAUGCAUUCAAAGAAUUGAAGAGGAAAGUGUUGUAAGCUCUGAAGAAAGUGACUGAGGAAUUUUUAAAUUUUGGGCUUAUUAUAAACUUAUAAAGCCAAGCUUGUCGGUUCCUGGCUGAAGUUAAUAAGAUCAUCAUUGCUGAAUCAGUUGUUUGUUGCUUUUCAUGAGUUGAUGCACUGGCUAAUGUUGAUGAAGUUGAUAAGCAUACCCCAAGUGUUGAAGAAAACUGUGAAGGAAGUGUUGAAAGCUUUGAAGAAGAAAGUGAUGAAAGCUCUGAGAAGAAAGUGACUGAGGAAUUGAAGAAGCCAAUUAAGGAAAGUGCAAAGACAUGGCUCUGGAGUCUGGACUUGAAGGAAAACUUUUUUCGUUGAGCCUCGGGUAACCAGUAGCCAGAUUGUGCUCCGGCUAAUACGGAGUUUAGCCGAUGCCUGUUGUUUCAUUCACAUGAUCGAAAACAUUGGAAUGCAAGAGCUGAUAAAAUGCUGAGCACAAGACAUAUUGUCGGGAUGGUGAGAUGAACAAAAGGAAUGACUAUACAGGAGUGGUCGCACCGAUGAAA